AUGGUGAGGAAGAAGAAUCCCCCUAUCCGGAGUGUGGGAGAAUCCUCUGACCGGAUCAGAGGAGAUGAGGAGCAGGAAGAGGAGGAGGGAGAGAGCGAGUGCGUAUCAUCAUCCGUCUCUCCCUCAUCCGUUGGUGAGCUCUAUAGUAAUGAGGAGAGAGGGGGGAGAAGAGGAGGGGGGAGAGCCAAACAAGGAGGAGCGGCGCUGACUGACAGACCCGAGAGCCAGUCAGAGCCCGAGGACGGGGACAAGGGGGGAGAGGAAGGAGAGAGGAGCGAGAGAGACAGAGGGGAGGCAGACCAUCUCACUGCUCCUCUCCUCUCGGCUCCACACCUCCUCCCCAGACAGGAAGGAGGGGAGGAGUCGGCAACUGACACCCCUCCACUUUCCUCCAGCCCCUCUCCUAAACUCCAGGACUUCAAGUGCAAUGUGUGCGGUUACGGUUACUAUGGCAACGACCCCGCUGACCUGGUGAAGCACUUUAGGAAGUAUCACCUGGGCCUGCACAACCGCACACGGCAGGAUGCUGCCCUCGACACACACAUCCUGGCCCUCCACAACAUGGCUCCCCAACACACACCUCUAGAUAUACAGACGGGACAAGGGCAGAGGAACCAAGCCAAAGAGUUGGGGAAGACGAGACCAGAUAUGCACAUUCAACAGCACAGGACAGUUAUGAUGAACGGCACAUAUGACGUACAGGUGACGCUGGGUGGCACGCUGAUUGGGAUUGGCCGUAAAACCUCUGACUGCCAGGGGAAUACCAAGUACUUUCGCUGCAAAUUCUGCAACUUCACCUACAUGGGGAGUAAUUCCUUAGAACUUGAACAACACUUUGUGUCCUCGCAUCCAAAUAAAGUCAAAACUCCACCAUCCACACCCCUGCUGGCCACCAAUAACCUGGCAACGCACGACAACCAGGGGAAGGGGAGGAGUCAAGUCCUAGAUGGGGCGGAGCGAGUGGCAGUGAGAGCGGAAGACGAUUCCUUGGUCGGGUACUCGAUCCCAGUCAGGGCGUGUUCAGAUUCGUCAAGCUGGACAGGCGAGCCAGGUCGAGAUGCUGUGCAGACAUAUUAUUGGUGUAAAUUCUGUAGCUGGAGCUGUGAGUGGUCAGGGGGCACGGCAAAGCUUUUAGAGCACUAUGAACAAAGACAUAGGAUCAGCACGGGAGGUACUAUGAGCCCCAGCAACUCUAAUCCUGGGGGGAUGGACAGAGAGAGGGAGAGAGGAGGGAGAAGAGAAGGAGGAGAAAGAAGCCACAUGUCAUCCAAAAGCCGCAAAGAUCUAUCAUCCAACCCUUCAAGCACCAGCCAAGGAGACCCAAACAGCAGCGAUUCUGAAGCAGUCGUGACCAGUUAUAACUGCCAGUUGUGUGAUUUCCGGUACUCGAUGGCCCACAGUGCAGAUGUGAUCGUAGUGGCGCCGUUACUGCUGCACUACCAGCACAACCACUCCAUCCACCGAUGCUGCAUCCAGCACUGCAUGUAUUGUCCGCAGGGGCUCUGUCAGCCGCAUAAACACCUGGGGGAGGUGUCUCACCCCUUUGCGUGUCGGAAGCCCACCUGCCCUAAAUGCUGUUCCAAGUUCCUUCCGUCCACCAAGCAGCAGGACACCGUCGGAUCGAAACCCGCUACCGCCACCUCACCCAGCAUGACCCCUCCUAAUCCUCGAGGUAACCCCGGUAUGAUUUCAGGAUCAACCUUUCACCCCUCUAACCCUGCCCAUCCUGUUGUCACACAAGGUGUCACUCAUUUGUGUGACCAGUGUGCGUUUGCCACCACUGACAUCGACGUGUUGCUCCAGCACUACGAGAGCUGCCACACCCUGAUUAACCUUAAGGGGGCACCGCCACAUGUCAAGGCUGAGGACGAGACUGGGGGAGACAAGGAAGGGGGGAAAGGAGGAGGAGAGAGGGAGUACUCUUGUACAAAGUGUCACUUCAUCACCGAAGUGGAAGAAGAGAUUUUUAGACACUACAGGCGUGUCCAUGCGUGUUGCCGUUGUAGACACUGUGACUUCACAGCUCCUGAUUCAUCAGCCCUCCUCGACCAUUUUAACUCGGCCCACUGUCACGACUCCUCUCCCUCAUUAAGCUCAUUGACAACAAACUCCUUACCCACCUCGGUGACGCCUUCGUUAACACUCUCAGCCAAUGGCUGCUCAGCUCCCUCUACCUUAGCCAUUAAAGAAGAAAGCAAGGGGGAUCUUCGCCUCCUGUACUCCCUUGCACCGCCCGAGGGACGGUUGGCAGAAGGAGGCAGAGAAGAGGCAGGAGGGGUGGUAAAAAGUGAGGGAGGUGAGGAGAAGGAAAGAGAGCGGGAGAAAGGCUGGGUUCUUGGGGAGACAAGAGGACUAGGAGAAAGGGGAGGUGAGCAGGCCCACGGUUUACUCUGGGUGCCCAAGGAGCAAAUGGGACCCGAAAGAGGAGUAGAAAGAGGAGCGGGAGGUGUGAGCCCCUCUCUUUUCUCCUCCCCCCUGCCACUGUCGUUUGUUUCAGCCAAUCACGAGGCCUCGCAGCAAAAAAGAGGUGUGGCCUCACCAAGCAUGGUUUACCUGGGAGACACCAAGUCGUUUUUGGGAGAUACCAAGUCGUUUUUGGCAGAUGCCAAGCUGUACGGAGGAGGAAGGCCAGGAGGAGCCGCUGCGGGUGGAGGUGGAGGUGGAGGGGAGAAACGGAGCCAGAUGCCUCAGCAGUACACAGGAGGAGGAGGAGGGAGCGGAGGUGGAGGAGGACAGGAAAAAGGAGGAGCGAAAGAGGAGUCCCAAUCCCUUCUACGGCUGCUGGGCAAGCGGCGCAGAGGCAGUGGGGUCUUCUGUGCAAACUGUCUGACCACCAAGACAUCAUUGUGGAGGAAGAACGCUAAUGGAGGCUACGUAUGCAACGCAUGUGGUUUAUACCAAAAACUGCAUUCGACACCCAGACCUCUAAACAUCAUAAAGCAGAACAACGGCGAACAAAUCAUCCGGCGCCGAACCCGAAAACGCAUCAACCCUGAUUCGCUGUCGUCCGAGACCCCCGCCCCAAAACAACAACGCAUCACCAGCGAAGAGCGCGUGAACGGGGUGGAGUCAGACAGAAGCUGUGCGUCAAUCAAAAACCAGCAGCCUUCCCCUCGCUCCCGCUCGCCCCGCUCCACUCAAGCCUUCCUCGCCAAUCAAACGUUGGAGAUCCACCGACGCAUGCCUCCUCUGCUGCUUCCUUCACAUCCCCCCUCCUCACUGGUAGCCGAGGGCAACGGGGGCAUCGUUGAGGGCGGCAUAAUAUCAAAAGUAGAGGGCGGUAAAGGAGGAGGGGGGUCCGAAAGAGGAAGUCCUAUUGAAAAGUACAUGCGUCCAUCCAAACCGUCUAGUUAUUCGCCUCCUGGUUCGCCCAUUGAAAAGUAUCAGUAUCCUCUGUUCUCCUUACCCCUGCCAUUAACCCUCUCGCCUGAUCUGACCCCGGAGUCGGAUUGGCUCCGAUUCUGGACCAAGUAUAAGAUGGCAGCCGCCUCUGGGGUACCUGGUAGCAUCAGUAACCUAAGCAGCCCCGGUAGCCUCGGAAAUAACGCCCAGUAUCUCGGUGCAAUGGUGGCUCCAGGACAGCAUCAUCAGCAAAGCUACACGGUGCCUUACUGCGCCUCUCCCUACUCUCCUCUCCCCCCUCCUCCAGCUCCUCCUCACUACCCUCCUCCUCCUAUUCACUCCCAAACCUCCUCACCGUCAUUAGAAAACGACGCUCCUUUGGAUCUCGCAAUAAGACAAAGAGAUACAAUCGCCGCAAACGCUCACAUGACAACAAACGGUGCGGAGAGGAGAAGGCAAGAGUCGCCGUUGGCUGAGAGGUUAAGAGAGAACUGGAAAGGAGAGAAAGAAGAGGAGGAGGAGGAGAGGAUGGAUGAAGGAGGGAACGAGAGGGAGGAGAUGGUAGAGGAGGAAAAGGAGCAUUUGACAAAGAGUCGGUCAAGUGUCCUGUCGAGUCGCGCCAUGGUGGAUGUGGCCACGCAGGACGACCUGACCAACCGCUGCAUCCACUGUGGGAUCUAUUUCCUGGACGAGGUCAUGUAUGCCCUGCACAUGAGUUGCCAUGGCGACCAGGGACCAUACCAAUGCAGUUUUUGCCUCCACGUGUGUGCAGAUCGCUACGACUUCACCACACACAUACAGAGGGGCUUACACAGGUACACAGACAAAUCGUCACAAAAGAGGCAAGACGGCCUAAUUCAGAGCGCCGCGGCGACAUCGGAGCACGAGGAUCAAAAUGCGGCGCCAGAGGAAAACGAUGAAGGUGAUCAUAAAGAGAUCGCAGAUGAAAGCGAUGAUGUCAUAGGAGUUUGCAAUGACAACCAAGCAAAUCAAACUACAGGCAAUGAAGCCUCUGACAAUGAAACAGAAGUGGAAAAGGUGGAAAAAGAAGAGGGUCAGGACAUAUCAGACCAGGAACUGGGAGAUGAGACGGUGUCAGAUAGUAAUGACGACGUCACAAAAACCACAGAGGUCACGACUGUUGCUGAAUCUAAAAACUCAGAUGACAACACAGAGAGUAAUUAAUCCGAUGCCUUUGACUCACUCAAACCUUUAAGAACGUGUUUUAUUGAAUGAAUAAGCUGUCUGCCUCCUUGUUCCUGGAGGCUAGCUCAUGUCAAAAUGGGCCUAUCCUGGGCACUAAAUGGAACACAUCCUUAUGCUGGAAGCACUCGGCUGUCAAAUGGUCAGAAUCAUUUUAGGAUCCCGCUGAAAUGCUGCAGGGACAGUUUGGAGAAAUAGCCCGAAUCCUGUGUUGAGUGACGGUCACUUGACAGCUCUGUGGCAAGUCUUCAACAACAGAGUCCGGGCAUGCAGCUGAAAUCACCUUUAAUAAACAGCCACUUCAUGUGCUUUCCAAAUAAGAGGAUUGGAAGCUCGACUGAAAGUUGGACUGGUCUCAUUUAGGAUGAGUUUGAGGAGCUCAGCACUUGCACAGCCACCAUACAGCAGAGCAAAAAAAAAUGCUAGAAGCAAAACACUUUAACUGAACUGAGCUGAUCUGUUAUGCUAAACUGAACCCCAAGCUGGUCCAAACUAGUCUGAAGCAUCAUUCAGACCGUUUUAUCUAGGUACAACCAGAUCUGAUCUGGUUAGAACUACUUUGUUCUGGUCCAGAGCGUGUUUUUGACUGUUUCACCGCUGUGCAAAUGGAUCCAAAACCAAAACUUACUUUGACUCUUUGAAACUGGUCAGUUAAACCAGUUUGUUCUGGUUGCAGUUCAGCUGGUUUGUUGCCACGGUACAAAAAGAUAAUUUCUCUCACUUGUGCCCUGUUGUUUUUGGAACUGGUAAGAUCUCCACCGCUGCAAAGAGCCCACAAUGGGAGACUGGUUGGGUUUGACUUGACUGUGACUUUCUGAACUGCUUGAUACCAGUUUGAACUGGUAAAACCGGAGUGAUUCCGGACCGAAGUGUUCUCUUCAUCCAUUUGGAUCAAACCAAGUGACAUUAUUUUCUACCUUCCUCCGUGCCAUGAUACUAGCUACGUGCCUGGCUGCCUGCCUAAUAGAACAACCAUCUAUUAACCUGCUUAACAUUUAUAUUAAUGGUAAUAAUGGUAAUAAUAAUUAUGAUGUUAUAGUACAAAACAUGCAAUUUGCUACACUUUCCUAUAUAAUAUGUUAUUUUGUAAAGGCAAAUAAUGUUUGUUUUUUUGCAGGAAAUGGUACUUAAAAAAUUAGUGUAUUUGAGUUUUAAUCCUUUUGAGCUAUUUGUUUGUGUUCUUAUGGAGACUUCUAACCGCCGUCUAACAGAAAUGGUACAGCAAAAGAGUUGGGUUGUGUGUAUGUGUGCAUUUGUGUAAUUGCGUCUGUGUGUGUAAGGAUCAAAGGAAUGCGUCCGUCCCCAAACGAUGAUGUAAACAUAAUGAAGGCUUACGCUCGGUAUUUCAGUCCUCAGGGGUCACACGUGUUGCACACCAACCCACCUGUUUCAUAGCAUGUGACACAUCAUUUUUACAUUUUCAGUGCUCUAAUGGUUUUAGCAUGUUACUUUAUGUUCUCUUACGUUCUCUUAUGUUCUUUAUCAUGUGUUAAUAGGUCAAAAUGGUCUUAGUAUGUAACUUUUUUUUCUGUAUGUCUUUCAAAUGUUUGUUAGGUUAAAUGGUUUUAUAGAGAGACUUAGGGAGAUCAACCCUAAAUGUUAUCAUAAGGAUCAAUUAUUUGGGUUAACUGUAUGAACUUUUGCUCUGUAUUGAGUGUACAGAGCUUCUUGCCUACAGUGUUUUAUUCAGCCUAUAGAGUUUAGUAGGUUACCUCUAUGUAGCAUGUUAGCAUCUUAUAAAAUCUGCAAAAUGCCUUUUCAAUGGAUGGGAACUGUUACACGUUAGACCGAAAUGAAAAAAAAAAACAACAAGAUGAUGUUACAUUUUAUAAUUCACUCGAGAAAAAAGACUCAUGUUGCUUUCAACUCCAACUAACUCAUCCCACUUCUCUGCCAUUCUCUACACACCUUAUGGUCUUUAAACCAAAUUUCCAUCGUUUUUUUUUUUCAAGUCGUGACAGUCAGGUCCGUGAAAUUCCCUCUACCCUUCAGAAUGGAGCAACAUAGUGGCCAUUUUGUUUAUUUUUAUAAAGAGAAAAUCACUUCUCCUGCCUUGCUGCCUUAGUUGCUAGAAAACAAACAAAAAAAUCACCAAGGGACUCCAUUGAAGGAAGUAAUAAUAGGCCGAGAGAAAAUAAAGGACAAUGAAUGAGAACAAGAUAUUUUUCUAUGCUUAUCCAAAAGACAUGAAUGAAUAAUAUUCCGCCUAGUGCCUGGUAACUUGUACAGUUUUUCUAAUAAGUAUAUCUGUCUGUGUCGGAAAGUUAUGUAAGUUAUGAGUCACAUCAGGCAGAAGUUGAGCAAAGAGACUGUGAGAUUUAAUUACAUUGAAGAGAUCAGUUGUCUAUUAUAAUGCUUGAUUUCAUCC